GUACCUCUCCCGCACCUCUCCUCCUUCCCGUCGGCACCGCCGCCAUCUUUGCUAGGUCUUCCUCCAGAUCCAACUCACAGCUUCCAUGCCCAUAGGUACCGCCGCAACCACCAUGCCCACCGUUGCCUCCUGGAUCCUCCUCCAUGUCCAUGCCACCGUCCGCCAACCUCCCAAAAACGCCUCCGCCGUCGCCCACUCGAGCAAUAACGAGAAAAUAUAUGCUUCCCUUCUCCGCCAGCGCCCGCCGGUUCCCUCCAAUCUGUACGUGUACUGCGCAGACGGCACAUUCGGAGAGACCCCCCGCGUGCUGUCAAUGGUGGACGACAUCAUCCUCUUCCACGCAUACAUCGGUCCUGCGUUCCCCUCCCCCAAGCCAUGGAAGGGGGACUUCUUCAUAUACCGGUCUGACUCCAAUCGACGGUCUCUGGAGCGUCUACCGCACCCCCAAGGUAUGAUCGGAAGGGACGAUCCAUUCGGCAUCUUUCCCCGAGAGGGCGACCGCUACACAAUCGCGGCGCUGUUACCCAGCAUAUCCUCUAUGUACGAUUUUGAACUCCACCUCUUCGACUCGGAGACUCGGAUUUGGAGCAGGAAGAAUCUGACUGUUGGGUCGCGACAGGAAAGGUUCAAGGUUGAUAUCCCCAUCAACAUAAGUCAGAUCUUACACCAUAACACAUCCACUGUGAUCACUCUUGGAGGCUCCAUGUGCUGGGUUGAUCUUUGGCGUGGUAUAUUGUUCUGUGACAUGCUCUCCGAGAAACAUGCACUCACAGGUGUUCCACUGCCACUGCCAUUGAUCUACUAUUCUGGUGAUAGAAGCAAGAUCCUAGGACCUGCGAAGUGUCACCGUAGCAUUGCUUUUCUUGAUGGAUGCACCAGGCUCGUUGAGGUGAAUUCUGAUGUCAGUAUUGCCGAAGGAACUGAAUUUGGUUGUGGCCGAACUGAAGACUGGACGAUUACCACAUGGUACAACAAUAAUGUGCAUAAUAAUUCUUAUGAUGAUUGGCAUCCGGACAUCACACUAAAAGCUUCCAACAUCAUCCUGGGCAACCACUCCGUGAAGCUGCCGUUAGGCUUGCAGUACCUUUUUGUUUCUGACCCAACUAUUUGCAUGAACAAUAGGGAUGGCUAUAUUGUUUACCUGACUGCCAGGGAGAAGUAUAUGCAUUCUAAGUCAUGGAUUAUUGCUAUUGAUUUGAAAAAGCGCAAGGUGCAAAGUGUGGUUCUGUCUGGUCCUGUACCUCCGCCAAUGCCGCGCAUUGACACUAACUACUGCACUUGUAGUAUCUCCAAGUACUGUACCAGCACUUCAACAGUAUCAGGUGGUACUUAAGAUGCUGAGCAGUCGUGUGGCAGUAAAUUCAAUGUACGAUGUCUACAAGUUCCUGGUGGCUGAGAUUGAGGAAUGCAUGUGUUUAUCACUUACUACAUUCCAAACAAUAUAUUGUUCUCCUGGUCCUGCUUGACAUCAUAUAUCUAUCCUAAUUAGCUAUAUCCUAUGUAGUGAACUGGUUAAUUAUUAUUGGCAGUGAACUGAUUACUUGUUCUUGUUGGACAUUAUGUAUCUUGAACAUUUUGUACUAGCAUGUUUAUGGUUUAAUUUUUUUGUUCGGUCUGCUUGGCUUUA